GGCCGCCGAUGUCUCCGUGUUUGUGGAAUACACCGCGUUUGCUGUGCCACACGGUCUUCCGUAAACCGCACAUCACACGGCGCGGCUUCGACUCAGGUGCUCCCGUUUCAAAGCGCUCGUACGCCCGAAGCGCCGCUCCUCAGCAGCCCGGAUGUAGCACACUGUCUUCGCAUCAAUACCGGAUUGUAAAGCACACUGGACACUGAUAACAUGGCGCUGGCAGCAACAUAACGGUUCCCACAAUAACACUCCAAAAAUAUAAUAACCAGCGGGACAUGUAAGGCCGUUAAACAAGACAGCAGGUUCGCGGGCGAUCUCCAGCAUGUUUGGGAAGAAGAAGAAGAGGUUGGAGAUCUCCGCCCCGUCUAACUUCCAGCACCGGGUCCACACCGGGUUCGACCCGCGGCAGCAGAAGUUCACCGGCCUGCCGCAGCAGUGGCAGAGUCUGCUGGCCGACACCGCCUGCCGGCCCAAACCCAUGGUGGACCCGUCCUACAUCACCCCCAUCCAGCUCGCCCCCAUGAAGACGAUCGUGAGGGGCAGCAGGGUGCAGAAGGACUCCUCCAUUAACGGGCUGCUGGAGGAGUUCGACAGCGUCUCGGUCACUCGCUCCAACUCACUGCGCAAGGAGAGCCCCCCCGGGGCCAAACCGGCCCCCGCCCCCGCCUCCUCCCGCCCCCCGGAGGAGAACGGCUUCAGCCACUACUACUCCCCCCAGGACCUGCUCCUGCCGGGCGAGGGCCCGCGUGAGGGGGGGUGGGCCUCCCGGCCGUACCGCCUGGGCAAACAGAACGGCCACUCCGCCCGCAGCCCCUUCUACCCCGACGCCAUGCCACAGAAGUCCGACUACGCCGCCGGCAAAAUGCCGCCCGACUACCACACCUACCUGGAGACCAAGGUGCGGUCGGACCUGGAGCUGUCCGCGGGCGCGGCCGGGGGCGGGGCCAUGGCGGGGGCGGGCGGGUACUUCCGCGCGUCCGUGGGGAGCUCCGCCCUGGACUACACGCCCUCCCGCUCGUCUGUGCAGAGCGAGCAGACGCACUACGGCCCCGAGGGGGGGGGCCGGGGCGAGUGGGGGUACGGGUCGCCCCCCAGGGAAGACUACGAGAAGCGCCCCAAGUCCUCCUACGCCAGCCAGCCCAGCCCCCAGCCCACCAUCCGCCAGCGCUCCCGGUCCGGAUCGGGCCUCCAGGAGCCCAACCCGCCCUACGCCACCAGCGCCUUCAGAUCCCCCCAGCAGGGCCCCUACAGCUCCUACACCUACCCCCGCCUCUCAGAGACCGCCAGCGCCACCCAGGGGAUGCCCAAGGACUAUGACAGGUUCUCCCGGGAGGGCAGCCCCUCGGUGCCGGGGGUUGAGACGUACCCGCGGGGGGGGCCCCUAAAACUACCUCAGAGCAGCCAGCCGCCGUACCCCGGCUCCUUCCAGUACCCCCCCACCUUCCACUACAAGCCCUCUCCCUACCACCUCCCGCCAGCCCAGCCCAGCCCCCCCUACACCCCGCAGGGGGCCUACUCCCAGCCCAGCCCCCCCUACACCCCGCAGGGGGCCUACUCCCAGCCCUCCUCCCCCUACAUCCCGCCCGGGGCCUACCCCCCGCCCAGCUGGGGCUCUGCGUCGGACCACGCCCCCUCGCGCGUGUCGCACGAGCAGUUCCGCGCCGCGCUGCAGCUGGUGGUGAACCCGGGCGACCCGCGCCAGUACCUGCACAACUUCAUCAAGAUCGGGGAGGGCUCCACCGGCAUCGUGUGCAUCGCCACGCAGACGCACAGCGGCAAGCAGGUCGCCGUCAAGAAGAUGGACCUGCGCAAGCAGCAGAGGAGGGAGCUGCUCUUCAACGAGGUGGUGAUCAUGCGGGACUAUCAUCAUGAGAAUGUGGUGGACAUGUACAACAGCUACCUGGUGGGGGAUGAACUCUGGGUCGUCAUGGAGUUCCUAGAGGGUGGAGCCUUGACCGACAUCGUCACUCACACCAGGAUGAACGAGGAGCAGAUCGCCACCGUCUGUCUGUCUGUCCUGAGGGCCCUGUCCUACCUGCACACACAGGGCGUGAUCCACCGAGACAUCAAGAGCGACUCCAUCCUGCUCACCAGCGAUGGCAGGAUUAAGCUGUCCGACUUCGGCUUCUGCGCCCAGGUGUCCCCGGAAGUGCCGAAGAGGAAGUCUCUGGUCGGCACGCCUUAUUGGAUGGCCCCUGAGGUCAUUUCCAGGUUGCCGUACGGCACUGAGGUGGAUAUCUGGUCUCUGGGCAUCAUGGUGAUAGAGAUGGUCGACGGAGAGCCCCCCUAUUUUAACGAGCCCCCCCUGCAAGCCAUGAGGAGAAUCCGGGACAACCUGCCCCCCCGGUUAAAAGAGCCCCACAAGGUGUCCUCCGUGCUGCGGGCCUUCCUGGACCUGAUGCUGGUGCGGGAGCCCUCGCAGCGGGCCGCGGCCCCAGAGCUCCUGCAGCACCCCUUCCUGAAGCUCUCUGGCGCCCCCUCCUGCAUCGUCCCGCUCAUGCGGCACUACCGCCACCCCUGAGCAGCCAGCAGGGCGGCGCCACCCCACCCCCUGGACACUCACACCUUUACCGUAGCGUAGGAACAACACCUGUGUUUCCCAAAAUACACAACCGAACGAACGGGAGAGUGAAGUCCUGCACCAUGGGACACCAGAACGGCUGUCGCUGGGCAGGGAAUUACAGGAGACUGUGUAUGUGUGUGUGUGUGUGUGUGUGUGUAUAGAGAAUGAGUGAGUGAGUGAGUGUGUGUGUGUGUGUGUGUGAGUGUGUGUUUGUGUAAGUGUGGAUGUGCGUGCGUGUGUAGACUGUGUGUGUGUGUGUGUGUGUGUGUGUAGAGAAUGAGUGAGUGAGUGAGUGUGUGUGUAGAGAGUGUGUGAGUGUGUGUGUGUGUGUGUGUGAGUGUGUGAAUGUGUGUGUGUAGAGAGUGUGUGAGUGUGUGCAUGUGUGUGUAGAGAGUGUGUGAGACUGUGUGAGUGUGUGUGUGUGUGUGUGAGACUGUGUGUGAGUGUGAUUGUGUGUGUGAGUGUGUGCGUGUGUGUAGAGAGUGUGUGAGACUGUGUGAGUGUGUGUGUGAGUGUGUGUGUGUGUGUGUGAGACUGUGUGUGAGUGUGAUUGUGUGUGUGUGUGUGUGUGUGUGUGUGAGUGUGUGAAUGUGUGUGUGUAGAGAGUGUGUGUGUGUGAGUGUGUGCGUGUGUGUAGAGAGUGUGUGAGACUGUGUGAGUGUGUGUGUGAGUGUGUGUGUGAGACUGUGUGUGUGUGUGUGUGUGUGUGUGUGUGUGUUAGGGGGAUGUUGGGUGCAGCUUGCUGUCUAUAGGCAGUGUGUAGCCAUGUACAGAGCCACUGAACAGAGCUUUAAAGGAGAGAUUGUCUGCCGGACAGCGAGAAAGAUCCAGCCCUCUGAUUGGCCAGUCCAUCAUUGGCCGUUACAGCUCUGACCCAGUGAUUGGCUGGUGCUGUUCACUCAGGGCCUAUCAGAGGAGCUGAGGGCCUAUCAGAGAACCCCUGUGGGUGAAUGGCUCUAUUUCUUUGGUUGUUAAAAAAAAAAAAAAAAAAAAAAAAAAAAUUAUAAUCUUUAAUCUUUUCACUUUUAUCUUCUAACACUAACAAUGUAAUGUAUUUUAGAUCAACUGUAAUUUCCUGUACAGUUUUGAUAAUCAGUAUUUUUGUUGUGAUGUAACCAUUGUGAUAUGGGCAGUGUUAAAUAUAAUUAUUAAGUAUAAUUAUGAGAGUUUCCGCAAAGAUCUUUCCUACUAUUUAUAUCCAUUUUUUGAUUGAAAAGUGAAGAGAUGCUAAAUAAACCAACCCUUACCUGUUACCAAAAACAACUAGAAUAUAUUUAUUAUCACUCCGUGACAUUUAUAGACAGAAUUUCAGGGCAAUUGUGGGGGAGGGGGGAGAGGUUCAAGGAAGAAUUUUAUAUACUGUUUAAAGUAUUAUUUAUUUUUUGAAUUGAAAAUUUAUUUUUCAGUAGUGUAGUUUUUUUAUUUUAUUUUUUUCUAAAUAUCAGCAGGACGUGAUGUGGGGAUUAUGUCACCUGAGCAAUAUUCCUCUGUUGUUAAGACAUUUUCUUAAUUUAGACUCAGUAGUAUCAAAGACUUUGGGGGAAGAAGCUUGCCAGUCCCUGUGAGCAGGGGGUUCAGAGUUCAGUUGGACCCAGUCGUUCCCCUUACUGUGUGUAAAUGCGAAAUUAAAGCCAAUGCCGUCAACCACAUUUAGCAAUACUUAAAUAAACGCGUUUUAGAAAAGAAAAUGGCGAUCAUGUUUCUAUGUAUGGUCCAUUCAUUCAUAAAUCAUUUUAAACCUACUACUGUAGACUUUAUAGUUAUGUAACCAAAAUGAUUACUUGUCGGAUCUUAAUUCUAACCGAUCACUUACUGUUAGGCAAAACCCACCCCACCCCAGGUUUGGUAUAAUCUGAACUUCUCAUUCAGUGUGUUUCUGUAAAUAUGAACACGUUUGCUGCUGUUUAAAACAUUGAUGAAUGUUCAAACUUGAAUGGCUAAUACUUAACCGUGGUGUUGCUUGUAGAGUGAAACUGCAUGUUUGUUAUAAGUUAAGCUGGUUUUAAAUUAAAUAACAAAAACACAGAAA